CCCCCCUCCCCCCAAAGAAGACUGCCCAACUUGACCCACGGGCGCUCGCAGGCUCACACAGCUCCCCCCCAAACACGGUCUGGUGGCUCACCGCCUCCUCCUCCUUUCCUUUCCUCCUCCCUCUCUCACUUCCUUCCCUCUUCCAAGAGUCAACUACUGCUUCUGAAUUCCUCUUUUCCCAUCUCUUCCUUUUCUUUCAAUCGGUAUCUAGGGCACCAAGCUACCCUGCUCCUUCCCCCUCAAUCCCUCCCCCUCGGCAAUAUCCCCCCACCGCCUAAGUUCUUUCACAAGGCACAUCAACAAACACUCCCCUCCGUUUGUUUGACACAUCAUCGUUCGAGCUUUAGCUAUCCACCUUCGAACCUUCCCCGUGUCUCAACCCGCCUUCAAGAUGUCUGCCGUUGAAGCUGUCACCAACACCAUGGCUGCGACCACCAUAAACGACACCCCCAACGCCAACGGCACUCCCGCGGCCUCGCAGCCUACUGACGCUGCUGCCGCCAGUGCUGAUGAGGGUCGUCGCCUGUACAUCGGCAACCUUGCCUACGCGACCACCGAGGAGGAGCUCAAGGACUUCUUCAAGGGCUACACCAUCGAGAGCACCUCGAUCCCGGUGAACCCCCGCACCAACCGCCCCGUUGGCUACGCUUUCGUGGAUCUCGCUACUGCUGCCGAGGCCACUGCGGCCAUUGAGAGCCUCUCUGGCAAGGAGAUUCUGGCGCGCAAGGUUUCGGUCCAGCUGGCCCGCAAGCCAGAGCCCGCGGAGGCUAAGGAGGGUGCUGCCAGUGGCGGUGAGGGCGCCAGCGGCAAUGAGGGUCGCAAGCGCACCGGUGGCCGGGGUCGUGGCCGUGGUCGCGCCCGCGGCCGUGGUGGCCGUGCUGCCCGUGGACGUGCCCAGGAUGGCCAGGAGCCCACCGAGGCCAACGCCACCGAGGCCGCUCCCCUGACCGAGACCACCAACGACAAUGAGCCUGCGGCUACCGAGGGUGCCAAGCAGGGCAAGCCCCGCGCUCCUCGUCCCCAGAAGCAGCGUGGUCCCCCCGAGGAUGGUAUUCCCUCCAAGACCAAGGUCAUGGUCGCUAACCUCCCCUACGACCUGACCGAGGAUAAGCUCAAGGACAUCUUCGCCGACUACUCCCCCGUCUCCGCCAAGGUCGCUCUUCGUCCCAUUCCCCGCUUCAUGAUCAAGAAGCUGCAGGCCCGCAACGAGCGCCGCAAGACCCGUGGUUUCGGAUUUGUCAACCUCGCCUCGGAGGAACUCCAGGCCAAGGCUGUCAACGAGAUGAACGGCAAGGAGAUUGACGGUCGCACCAUUGCUGUCAAGGUUGCCAUCGACAGCCCCGGCAAGGAGGACGAUGUCAACGCCGCCGCUGAUCAGUACGAGGAGGCCAACGCUCCCGCCCAGGAAAACACCGACCCUGCUGCUGCUGAGGCUGCUGAUGCUGCUGCUCCUGCCGAGACUUCUUAAACUUAUUGCCAAUUUCUAUUCGACCACAGAUCCCUUGCUAAUGAACUCGGAGUUAUUGAAAAGGAACCUUGAUGGGGCCGGUCGUAUGAAAUAUGGGAUAUUACCAUACAUGAUCUGCUGGUCAACUGGAAAUAUCUUAGCUACUCGACAGGUGGUCAUCGAGGCUGAUCUGUGGGCACGAUGGGUGUCAUGACUUGUUUCCUUAUUUUUCUUAUCAUCGGAUGUCAUGGAACAUACGUCCAUGCUGGAGUUAUACAUCCUUGCUGAUGCCUCCGUCCCUAACGACCUUUGUCUUCUGUACUGUAUCUUAGCACCCAUUUAACUAAAUGAUGAUGAUCUGCUGAGGGGUCUAUUUGUAGGAAGCGCAUGAGAG